AUGAAGAACCGGUCAAAAGUGCGAAUGCAUGAGCUUAUCGAGCGUCUCGGCUUACGCGCCAAAUGGUCAUCGAACAAACGGGGUAAGACUAAUUUUGAGUCUGCGCUAGUGCGCGAGCUGGUGGCGGACAUGGGCGAUGUGGUCGCAAUGCUGCCGAAAGAGCCGGAGGAGCUGAUGAAGUUCUUGAGUGAAGAAAGAAGUCUGAAACACGAGGUGGAUGGACUGAUUCAGAAGCAUGGUGCCAAGAUCUGGGGAAGAAUGGGAGAUCGAGAGCACCUGAUUACGGCAAAUGAGCCUGGUGUUGAAGAAGGCGUGUAUCCGCGAGAUCUCAACUUUGACAAUGAGGAGGACAGAGCACUAAUUCACACACUCUUACAUUGGUGGAUAGGCCUCAAAGCAUGCAACGUCAUCCUUGCGCGCGAACGUUUAGACCGUGAGAGGAGAAAGAAAGCAGAGACUCGGCACCUGCAUGCGCGAGCUGACGUUGACUACCCUGGCCAUGAGGGAGGUCCGCCCGCGUUGUUUGUCGCGCUUGCUCCAAAUUCCGUCCUAUAUGAAAUCGAUACAGGAUCACGUGGAAGUCCGAGGUCUUCCACCACCAUGCUCACACCUCCCGAGUCGGGCGAGAGUCCUGUCGUAGGUCAUCGCGACGGAGCUGGAUUCAUACCUGUUAACGGCAGUGCAACUGGCUUCACUGCAGCACCGAGCACACAUCAAGUACAGCAUGAACAGAAACCUCAGGGCACUGUAGAGGGGGUCUGGAACAGACGGGCGAGCGAGGGGAAUGGGCCAAGAGAGCAUAGUGCACCUAGAGUCCCUCCACAGCCCGCCGAAAGCAAAGCAGCGGUACAACAACAGAUUGUAAACGCAAACCAAGCAGCCGUCGACCGUCAAAUCAGUGUCGAUCUCGCAAGGCUUGUAGCAAACUUUCGCUCAGACAACGCAAGUUCCGAACAGAUACCCCACCCCAAUAAUAGUGUAUCGUACGGUGGCCUUGACUAUGAGAGCUUGCGGGCGCUGCGCUCAUACAUAUACGGCGAGGAGGGUGGCAUGAAAUUUGACGAAGAAACCCUGCUGAACUGCCUUGAAAAGGCGUGGAGGGAGGGCAUGAGAGCAGACUACGACAAAAUGGUCGAAAACAUACAAGUCUUCAUCGCGAGAGAGCGAGCAUUUCUGACAUGGAUCGAACUCAAGCGACAUCUGGCAGCGCUUGAACGGGCAGACAACCGCUGGCGCACAGAAGGUCACUCAACAGCCGAAAUCGAGCGCCGCAUCCAGCAACAUCGUACCCUCAUGGGCGCAACACAAACCCUCAUGGCCGCUUUCGAAGAUAUAGGCCAAGGCUUCGGGCUUGGUCCCAACAUAGUCAUUGACCGAGACGAGCUACUUCGACAAGCCAUUGUGGUGUUGGCGGGUGAGAAGUACGCCGUCGAGAUGCAGUGGCAGACGGUUGAGUUUACGGGCUUAGUGAGGUGGCUGGGCGAGCACCUGGAGAUGUUUCGAAAAGAGGAAGAGGAAGACGGGCGAGGGGUGUCGUGGUUUGUUGGUGGUUGA